CUAAAGAAACAAAGAUGUUCCCACAAAUAAAGAAGCAAAGAUAUUGAGAUGAAGUCGUAAUCAAGAAAGCGGGAAAAUUAAAUUUAUUGCGGGAAACACUUCUAAACAAGCUCUAAAUACCCAUCACCCAACAAAAGUACCUUCUUCCCCUUUGAGGAAACUUCCGCGAACCUGCCUCCGCCAUGGCUCUGCUCCAUUUAAGCCCCUUCUCCCACCUUCCAUUUCUCCCAGACUUCCCUCCAAUCACACUUCUCCUCCUCCAAUUCCCUCCGCCAUGAAGGUCUUCAAGAUCAUCACAAACCCUAGAUCCCUCUCCCCCAAACGCCUCUUCCGCUCCUCCAAGAAGACCAAAUCCUCCUCCUCCCCCGCCGUCUCCAGAUCCGACCCUUCCUCCUUCACCGACUCCUCCUCCGCCGCCGCAACCCCCAAGAGCGUCCUCCCGCAGUCCUCUUCCGGCGACUGGUCCUCUGACCUCUCCGAGCUCACCUACCUCGAAUUGCAGCACGCCUUCCGAAUAAUCGACCGCGACAACGACGGCGUGGUUUCGAAAUCGGAGCUGGCGGCCUUAUUGGGCCGGCUGGGGAGCUCCGACGAGGUGGCGGCGGCGAUGCUGAGCGAAUUGGGCCGGGCCGAGGGGGACGACGACGGGUGCGUGACCGUGGAGGCCUUGAUGGGCCGGGUUGGGCUCGCGGGCUGGGAGCCGGCGGGCCGGGACGAGCUGAAGGAGACGUUCGGGUUCUUCGACGCGGAUCGGGACGGGAGGAUCACGGCGGAGGAGCUGUUGUUGGGGUUGUCGGCGAUUGGGGAAUCGGAGUGUACGUUGGAGGAGUGCCGGCGAAUGAUUGCUGAGGUGGAUAAGAAUGGGGACGGGUUCGUGUGCUUGGAGGACUUCUGUAGGAUGAUGGACCUUCAGAGGUGAUCAUAUGGAAUUCAGAAAAAGCGAAAAUGAUCAUGUGAUGCACUGAUGAUGUCAUAUAUAUAAUUAGAUUUGUAUACCAAAUUAGUCGAACAAAAGGAAUAUAUAUGCAGUGCCUAAAAUUUGAAAUUUCACUUCAUUUGGUCCUAAAUAUGUUUUUGCUUCACUAUUUUUAUUUGCUUUUAUGUUAGCAUAUAACAUUAUACACUACAAGUAACAUGUGAUGUGAUUCUAGUUCUACCAUUUCCCAAUAAUUAAGUAGAUUUGGUGAUAACUUUUGUUGGAAUUGGUAUUAGGUGGGAUUAAUUAACACAAAUGUUAUGGGUUAAUGUUGAUAAUUGAAUUACAAUGUGUGCUAACAAAUGAUAAAUGGAGUGCGAUAUCAACAACCUGAACAGGUAGCUCUAACUAGGUUAAGCCUCGAUAAAAGUAGAUUAAGGGAAGAAUUAGACUUGGAAACUCUUGAUAUGUGGGUAGGUAUUUCAAGUCAAAUUAUUCAUCAUCUUGAUGGAUCAAUUGGAUUUAUCGGCAAAGUGGUUUUAGUUUGGUAUUAACUUCAAUAUAUUAGGGCCAUGUAGUCCAGGUUUCAAACUAAUAGUUGUCGGUUAAUUCGAUCCUUUCACAAUGUAUUAGGCAUAACUAUUUUAUCUUCCAAAUUCAGUGGCUAAUGUCUUUUAUCCGCUAUGUAUUGAGGUUUACGUGGAUCAGCACUUAACAACCCUUUGUCGAGCGAUUAGCCGAUUACAAGGAUGACAUGCAUUUUUUCUCUCUGUCAAUUAGCUUGAUUGUUCCAUACAUGAUGAGCUUUGUUAUCAUCACCUUGUUUGAGUUACAUAAAUCUUCGUAGCUUUCUUGAACAUGACUAUUAUUGUACAUGACGAUUAUUGUAAGAAUGAUUACCCUGAUGUGUUGCACUUUUUACUCUACUGUGUUCCAUAUAUGUAUUAGAGAUCAAUCAUUAUAUUACCCCACAUGUAUAGUAAUGAUUUUAGCUACUUAAUUGUCAUAUAAUUUAAUUAAAGUGCAUUAAUCUCUUGAAUGGGUAUCUCUUACAUAGGUUUGUAUGUCUUUUGUAUCUAUUUUAAUCUUAUCAUGGAAGAAAUCAUAUUUACUUACUACAAUUCAUAUUAUAGACAAAUAGUUACCUAUGGACUAAUUACAUGCAUAAAUGUUGGUUGUUUGUUUGCUGUAAGAACAAACAUCCAAUUCAAUAUGAUAUAACAAGACUGUUAGUUAGGUUAAUUAUUAGGUGAUACUUCACUUUCUUCAUGCUUAUCUAACACCAACAAAGACGAGUAGAUAACACAUGUUUGGUUGGAGUGUCACCAAAGUUGAAUAAUUUCUUCUUUUUAAUAUUUACCCAUUUUUAAUUAAUUAAAAUUUAAUCAUCCUAAAAAAGAAAAGGGAAACACACAUACAAUCAUAUAUACUGAUUCCCUCCCGAAAUAAAAGGAAAACACAUCAUGUCUAUCAUAUUUUCUGUAAUAUUGAUAAUUAAAGGUUGGUGGAGAUUCAAACAUACAAUCCUUUGAUCAAGCCGAUUCUGAUAUCAUAUUAGAAAUUGUUGGAUCUUCAUAACUUGAGUUAUUGUUAGAAAGUCAAUUAAGAAUAUUAUACCACCGUAUGAUAAUCUUUUGAUAUGUUUCUUAUCGGUUUUACUCUUAUUUAUUAUUAUUAUUAUAGGACACUAAGGUUUUACAACCAUGUAAUGGUUAAAAUAGCUACACUUUAGUUAAAGGAUAUACGUAUGUGUGUAUUAAGUAUAGAGAUUGUAAGGUAUAUAUUUAAAGUGGUUGGGGAAUUGCGACUAUAUAUGGAUCUCACGAUGAGGGUUGAUGAUUAAUCAAACUCUAACUAAUAGCCAUCCAUUCUAGAAAGUGGACUUUAGGGUACUUAGAUUUUGUAGUCCUCUUAGUUUAUACUUGUUAAAGUAAACAUUUUUAUAUCACUACAUUAAGAAAGAAAACACACUUUG